GGACUAUCUAUAGUCUCCCACAUUAAAAUAGAAAAUAAUGACAUUUUAUAUAUUAUAUUAAAGACUGUUGUUUGUCACUGCUUCAUAUUGGUUAUUCUUUGUUUUUCCAGAUGGGUGCGUGUUUUUCAAAGGUUUUUAAUGGGUGUCCAUUGAAAAUUCACUGUGCAACAUCAUGGAUAAACCCAGAUACAAGAGAUCAGUACUUGAUAUUUGGUGCUGAAGAAGGGAUUUAUACCCUGAAUCUUAAUGAACUUCAUGAAACAUCAAUGGAACAGCUCUUCCCUCGAAGGUGUACAUGGUUGUAUGUAAUGAACAAUUGCUUGCUAUCAAUAUCUGGUAAAGCUUCUCAGCUUUAUUCUCACAAUUUGCCAGGGCUUUUUGAUUAUGCAAGACAAAUGCAAAAGUUACCUGUUGCUAUUCCAGCACACAAGCUCCCUGACAGAAUACUGCCAAGGAAAUUUGCUGUAUCAGCAAAAAUCCCUGAAACCAAGUGCUGUCAGAAGUGUUGUGUUGUGAGAAAUCCUUAUACAGGCCAUAAAUACCUAUGCGGGGCACUUCAGACUAGCAUUGUUCUGUUAGAAUGGGUUGAACCAAUGCAGAAAUUUAUGUUAAUUAAGCACAUAGAUUUUCCUAUACCAUGUCCACUUAGAAUGUUUGAAAUGCUGGUAGUUCCUGAACAGGAGUACCCUUUAGUUUGUGUUGGUGUCAGUAGAGGGAGAGACUUCAACCAGGUGGUUCGAUUUGAGACUGUCAAUCCAAAUUCUACCUCAUCAUGGUUUACAGAAUCAGAUACCCCACAGACAAGUGUUACUCAUGUAACCCAGUUAGAGAGAGAUACCAUCCUUGUAUGCCUGGACUGUUGUAUAAAAAUAGUAAAUCUCCAAGGAAGAUUAAAAUCUAGCAGAAAAUUAUCAUCAGAACUCACCUUUGAUUUCCAGAUUGAAUCAAUAGUUUGCCUGCAAGACAGCGUGCUAGCUUUCUGGAAACAUGGAAUGCAAGGUCGAAGUUUUAGAUCUAAUGAGGUAACACAAGAAAUUUCAGAUAGCACAAGAAUUUUCAGGCUACUUGGAUCUGACAGGGUCGUGGUUUUGGAAAGUAGGCCAACUGAUAACCCCACAGCAAAUAGCAAUUUAUACAUCCUGGCGGGUCAUGAAAACAGUUACUGAGAAAUGCUGUGCUUUGACAGUUAACUGUAGAAAAAAAGAACACUACCACUGCAACAUUAACGGAUGCUUGAAGCUGUACAAAAGCUGCAGUAACCUGACUUCAGUUACUUUGUAAUUUAUUGUGGCAUGAGACAAGAUGGGGAAUUUUUUUGUUUUAAGUGGUAUGGAUAUAUUUAGCAUAUUGAACCACACAAGUGCUGAAUUCAUUGUUAUGUAAUCUUUGUACAUAUAGGCAGUAUUUUUCUGUGGAACUUCAUAUUGCUGAAGACAUACACUAAGAAUUUAUGUAGAUAAUGUACUUUUAUGAGAUGUACAAGUAAGUGUCUUAUCUGUACAAAUGUAAAUGAUGAUGAAAAUGCAAUUGGGGUUAAUAUUUUAAGAAUUCUUUAGUAUAUUCUUGGGUGUGGUUAUAUUACAAAAUGGGAUGCUGGCAAUGAAACAGUACAUUUAACACUAUUGUAUUUUUAUUAUAUGUAAUUUAGUAAUAUGAAUAUAAAUCUUGUAACUUUUAAAAUUGUAAUGGAGGCUGUAAUCAUUUUAUAAUCUUGUUUUUAAUUUUAAUGCAAGUACACUGGUGUUGAUAUUUGCACAAAGUAUUGAUAUGUGAUGUAUUAAGUCACAAAAGUAAGCUGUGACAUUGUCAAUAUGCAUUUGGCUCCACAACAUCUUUUUAAAAUAUAUUUGGAUUGUUUUCUAUGUGAAACAAACCUAUUAAUAACCACCUGUUGUAGUAACUGGUCUUUUUAUAUUUAAGAAGAAUCCUGUAAGAUUGCUUGUCUGUGCUUAAAAACAGUACCUUUGAAAAAAUUUUGAAUCACAGAAUAGCGGUACCAUGAUGUAAUACUGCAAUUGUCUGAAAUACAGUAUGCACAAAGAAUAAAUUAGCAUUAUUAAAGAGUCCACACUAAACAUUUCAUAUAAUCACAUUGAGGAACUAUAACAUUCCGUAGAGUGAGUGAAGUGGUUCAGAUUUCUCAUGGAAUUUUUACUUUUGUUGGCCUUAUUUUAUGAUCAUUGUCAUAUUGCUUUAGAGUAUUAACACAUGGCCAAAAUAAUUUAGUUACUACCUCAUACAAACAAUAUAAUGGUUACUACACAUCACAGGAACUUAGUUUUGGUUGAAGUCAUUUUUGAUUGCUUUUUUUCAGUGAAUAUGUAUAUACCAAGUUUUAGCAAAAUGCACACUUUUGGCUCUUUUGGGUAUAUGUUCUUUAUAUUUUAAUGUGAGUAUAUACACUAAGAACAAACUAAAUUGUGAUUUAUGGUCUUCAUUUAUUUUAAUUGAUAAUGGUUUUAAAUAUGUUCCUGAUUGUACAUAGUGUAAAAUAAACAUGUUUUUUUAACAUGCUGCUGUA